GCACUUCCUCGUAGCGGAGCCUAGUGGCGGGUGUUCGCGUUGAAACGUGCGCGCGACCCGACCUUAAAGGGGGGGAGCAAAGGGAGGACAGAGCCCUUUAAAACGAGGCGGGUGGUGCCUGCCCCUUUAAGGGCGGGGCGCCCGGACGACUGUAUCUGAACCCCAGACUGCCCCGAGUUUCUGUCGCAGGCUGCGAGGAAAGGCUCCUAGGCUGGGUCCGGGUGCUUGGCGGCGGCGGCUUCCUCCCCGCUCGUCCUCCCCGGGCCCAGAGGCACCCCGGCUCCAGUCAUGCUGAGCAGAGUAUGGAAGCACCUGACUACGAAGUGCUAUCCGUGCGAGAACAGCUAUUCCACGAGAGGAUCCGCGAGUGUAUUAUAUCAACACUUCUGUUUGCAACACUGUAUAUCCUCUGCCACAUCUUCCUGACCCGCUUCAAGAAGCCUGCUGAGUUCACCACAGUGGAUGAUGAAGAUGCCACCGUCAACAAGAUUGCGCUCGAGCUGUGCACCUUUACCCUGGCAAUUGCCCUGGGUGCUGUCCUGCUCCUGCCCUUCUCCAUCAUCAGCAAUGAGGUGCUGCUCUCCCUGCCUCGGAACUACUACAUCCAGUGGCUCAAUGGCUCCCUCAUCCAUGGCCUCUGGAACCUUGUUUUUCUCUUCUCCAACCUGUCCCUCAUCUUCCUCAUGCCCUUUGCAUAUUUCUUCACUGAGUCUGAGGGCUUUGCUGGCUCCAGAAGGGGUGUCCUGGGCCGGGUCUAUGAGACAGUGGUGAUGUUGAUGCUCCUCACUCUGCUGGUGCUAGGUAUGGUGUGGGUGGCGUCAGCCAUUUUGGACAACAACAAGGCCAGCAGAGAGUCACUCUAUGACUUCUGGGAGUACUAUCUCCCCUACCUCUACUCAUGCAUCUCCUUCCUUGGGGUUCUGCUGCUCCUGGUGUGUACUCCACUGGGUCUCGCCCGCAUGUUCUCCGUCACUGGGAAGCUGCUGGUCAAGCCCCGGCUGCUGGAAGACCUGGAGGAGCAGCUGUACUGCUCAGCCUUUGAGGAGGCAGCCCUGACCCGCAGGAUCUGUAAUCCUACUUCCUGCUGGCUGCCUUUAGACAUGGAGCUGCUACACAGACAGGUCCUGGCUCUGCAGACACAGAGGGUCCUGCUGGAGAAGCGGCGGAAGGCUUCAGCCUGGCAACGGAACCUGGGCUACCCCCUGGCUAUGCUGUGCUUGCUGGUGCUGACGGGCCUGUCUGUGCUCAUUGUGGCCAUCCACAUCCUGGAGCUGCUCAUCGAUGAGGCUGCCAUGCCCCGAGGCAUGCAGGUUGUACUCAUCUUGUAUCCUUCUGGAAACCCAUCAUUGCCUCUGUUCAGCAAACCUGUCUCCUGGGACUCUAGACAGAGCACUUCUUGGACUUUUUACCUAAUGGUGUCCUCAGUUGUGGGCUUCUAUAGCUCUCCACUCUUCCGGAGCCUGCGGCCCAGAUGGCACGACACCGCCAUGACGCAGAUAAUUGGGAAUUGUGUCUGUCUCCUGGUCCUAAGUUCAGCACUUCCUGUCUUCUCUCGAACCCUGGGGCUCACUCGCUUUGACCUGCUGGGUGACUUUGGACGCUUCAACUGGCUGGGCAAUUUCUACAUUGUGUUCCUCUACAACGCAGCCUUUGCAGGCCUUACCACACUCUGUCUGGUGAAGACCUUCACUGCAGCUGUGCGGGCAGAGCUGAUCCGGGCCUUCGGGCUGGACAGACUGCCGCUGCCCGUCUCCGGUUUCCCCCGGGCAUCUAGGAAGACCCAGCACCAGUGACCUCCAGCUGGGGGUGGGAAGGAAAAAACUGGACACUGCCAUCUGCUGCCUAGGCCUGGAGGGAAGCCCAAGGCUAGUUGGACCUCAGGACCUGGAAUCUGAGAGGGUGGGUGGCAGAGGGGAGCAGAGCCAUCUGCACUGUUGCAUAAUCUGAGCCAGAGUUUGGGACCAGGACCCCCUGAUUUUCCAUACUUAACUGUGGCCUCAGCAUGGGGUAGGGCUGGGUGACUGGGUCUAGCCCCUGGUCCCAAAUCUGUUUACACAUCAAUCUGCCUCACUGCUGUUCUGGGCCAUGCCCAUAGCCAUGUUUACAUGAUUUGAUGUGCAAUAGGGUGGGGUAGGGGCAGGGAAAGGACUGGGCCAGGGCAGGCUUGGGAGAUAAUCUCCCUUGCCUCUAGCCCAGCAGAGCCUAAGCACUGUGCUAUCCUGGAGGGGCUUUGGACCACCUGAAAGACCAAGGAGAUAGGGAGGAGGAGGCUUCAGCCAUCAGCAAUAAAGUUGAUCCCAGGGUUUGCUUUGUUUUUUUAAA